GCUCCUCCACCUCCCCUUCAUCUCCUCUCCAUCCGCUUCCAUGGACCCCGCCGUGCUCGCCGCCGCUACCGCCGACGACAUCGACGACGACGAUACCUUGGAGGAGUCCUCGGCAGGGAGGCUCUAUGAAGCCUACAAUGAGCUGCAUGGCUUGGCGAGGGAGUUUGAGACUAGGGUCGACGCCCCGGCUGUGCUCGUCGUCGGGCACCAGACGGAUGGGAAGAGCGCGCUUGUCGAGGCUCUUAUGGGAUUCCAGUUCAAUCACGUUGGGGGAGGGACCAAAACCCGACGCCCUAUUGCUCUCCACAUGACUUACGACCCUUCCUGUGAGAUUCCCCGCUGCCGGCUCGUUCCCGACUCCGGCGAUCCCGCGGCUGAGCCGCGGGUCAUGUCACUCCCCGACAUUCAGGCUUAUAUUGAAGCAGAGAACAUGAGAUUGGAGAAUGAGCCACGCCAGUUUUCUGAAAAGGAUAUCAUCAUAAAAAUUGAAUAUAAAUAUUGUCCAAAUCUUACUAUAAUUGAUACUCCGGGUCUUGUUGCUCCUGCACCAGGUCGAAAAAAUCGAGCUUUACAGAGCCAGGCUCGGGCCGUUGAGGCACUUGUUCGAGCUAAAAUGCAGCAAAAAGAGUACAUUAUAUUGUGUCUGGAAGACUGCAGUGAUUGGAGUAAUGCCACUACACGCCGAAUAGUGAUGCAAGUUGAUCCUGAGCUGUCAAGGGCUGUCAUAGUGUCCACAAAGUUUGACACAAGGAUUCCUCAAUUUGCAAGGUCUUCGGAUGUAGAAGUUUUUCUUAAGCCACCUGCUUAUACAUUGGAUGGUUGCUUGUUGGGUGACUCGCCCUUCUUUACUUCUGUACCAUCUGGUAGAGUUGGUCCUGGAAAUGAUGCAGUUUACAGAUCAAAUGAAGAAUUUAAAAAAGCCAUUUCUUUGAGGGAAAUUGAAGACAUUGCAUGCUUGGAGGAAAAGUUAGGGAGGCUGUUGACUAGGGAAGAAAGAAGCAGAAUAGGUGUAAGCAGCCUUAGGUUAUUCUUAGAAGAUUUGCUUAGGAAAAGGUAUAUGGAUUGUGUUCCACUUAUUAUUCCACUUCUUGAAAAGGAAUAUCGAAGUGCAACUAGAAAGCUACGUGAAAUUAAUCAAGAAAUCAGUAAUUUGGAUGAAGUAAAAUUAAAAGAGAAAGGGCGAGCCUUCCACGAUUCAUUUCUGAUGAAGAUAUCUUUACUUUUAAAAGGCACGGUGGUGGCACCUCCUGAUAAGUUUGGAGAAACACUUCAGGAUGAGAGGACCAAUGGGGGAGCCUUUAUAGGCACUGAUGGCCUGCAGUUUCCUCCCAAGAUGAUGCCUAAUGCAGGUAUGCGUCUUUAUGGCGGUGCACAAUAUCAUCGUGCAAUGGCAGAAUUCCGUCUUGUGGUAGGCGGUGUCAAGUGCCCCCCAAUUACAAGGGAAGAAAUUGUAAAUGCAUGUGGGGUUGAAGAUAUUCAUGAUGGAACAAACUACUCUAGGACUGCAUGUGUGAUUGCUGUUGCAAAAGCUCGUGACACUUUUGAGCCUUUCCUUCACCAGCUGGGAUUUAGGCUGUUGUACAUAUUGAAGAGGCUACUCCCGAUUUCUGUAUAUCUACUCCAGAAAGAUGGGGAAUAUCUCAGUGGCCAUGAAGUGUUUUUAAGGCGUGUUGAGGUUGCUUUCAAUAAUUUUGCUGAAUCAACAGAGCGAGCAUGCCGUGAUAAAUGCAUGGAGGAUUUAACAAGCACCACCCGUUAUGUGUCCUGGUCCCUCCACAACAAGAAUCGUGCGGGUUUACGUCACUUUUUAGACUCAUUUGCUGGCACCGAACACUCUUCUUCCAGUGCGAACCUAUCUUGUUCAGCCCUUCCGCAAGAGUCAUCCUUCGGGCAAACCAUUAGUGACAACAAAUUAGAAUCCAGGUUGAAGGUAGAAUCAAAAUCAAGUUUUGACAUUUCUCAUACAACAGAGGCAAGGCUUGUCGAUCUUCUAGACAGCACGUUAUGGAACAGAAGGCUAGCUCCUUCAUCUGAAAGGAUUGUUUACGCGCUAGUCCAUCAGAUUUUCCAUGGCAUCAAAGAACAUUUUCUGGUAUCCACCGAAUUGAAGUUCAAUUGCUUUCUUCUCAUGCCGGUGGUUGACAAACUGCCAACACUUUUGAGAGAAGACCUGGAGUCUGUAUUCGAAGAUGACUUGGACAACAUAUUUGACGUCACUCAGCUGCUGCAUUCACUUGGUCAGCGGAAACGCGAGUUAGAGAUCGAGUUAAAACGGAUUCAGAAGCUCAAGGAUAAGUUCAAGGACAUUCAUGAGCAAUUGAAUUCUCCUCACCAUCUUCAUCAAGUGAAUGUUCCUGAUUCAAACAAGCCAGCCUGACAACAUCAAGGGGAGGAAGGAUGAUUUCUUUUCAUGACCAACUCUGAGUCACUUUAUAUGAGCAUAUAUUACUUGUUGUUUGUAGUUUAUUCCCAUGUUCUUUGAGAAUGUGAUAAAGUCCAAUGUAUUCUUGAUGCUAUUAAAGUGGUAUUUUGUUGGACAUUAAUGAAGGUCAGUCUUGAAGCUAUAAUUGUCUGACUA